AUGCAAACGAAAAAAAAAAAGGAAAGCGCCAAAGAAAGAGGCAUAUACAAUCAAGCCGUUUUGAAAAAAAAUGCAGUGGCUACAAGGAAGCAUUCACAAACAAAUUUAAGACACAUUGAUAAGUUAAAAAUUUUGAGUGAAAUAAAUAAUGAAGGAAAGAAAAAACUCCUUAUGGAGGGUAUAGAAAAGGUUAAAGAAAGAGCAAGUUGUUUAAACAAAACAGAGGAUAAAAACUCCGUGAGGGGGAAAAAAAACAGUAGCAAGAAUAACAGUCGAGGUACCGUACUCAAGUUUAAUGAGCCAAACAAAAAAAAAAGCUUAACCGAAAAGCAGAAAAAGGAGCACAGCUAUUGUCGUGUUUCCACUAAGGAGGAUAAUACCCACCACCCAAGGGGAAGAAGUACUAACACACAAGUAACACACAAUAGCAGGAGAAGAACAAUGGAGAACAAAAAUUCCUCCUUGGGGAAGUUGCUAGUACGGGAUGGCGUCAGGAAGGGAGAUAAUUUAGCCAAAUUGCUCCAAGGAUUAAGUAAAGAACGAAUAGGAAGGAGCGAAGAAGGAGGGGGAGGUAAGGAGAACGCGCGAGGCCAUGGCGAAGGGAGCAUGAAGAUCCACCACUGGAAUACGAAGAGUGAAGAUCAGAAAGGCGCAAAAAGUGAUCAUGCGAAAAUUGCGAAAAUUGCAAAAAUUGCAAAAAUUGCGAAAAACGUAACGAAGGAAGAAAAAAUGAAACAAGCCAAUGUGGCCCAUGUGAAAAAACACGACGGAAGAGCAAAAAAUAAAAAUAAAAACAAAGACCACAUUGUAAUUGACGACAGUAACAUUUACAUUGUCAUAGACGAUCUAAAUGAAAACCUAAACGAUAGAAAUGCAAUAAUAAACAAACUACACAUUACCAACGACACGUAUAAUUUUUUAAUGAAUAGCAAAAAUGAAAUGAAAGGAGGGAAACGGAAGAAGAAAGCCAAUUAUUCCUUCAUGGGGAAAUCUCACGCUGUUAGCGCCAAGGGCGUGGACGGGGAAUUUCUCCAAGGGGCAGAGGCUGAUGGAGAUGAGGAGGAGGAUGGCUGCUGCGAUGAAGGAGCACAGGAGGAUGAAGAAGGAAGCCUAGACGAUGAUGAAGAGGAUGACGACUUGUCCUCCGACUCCGAAGAUGAGGAUGAAGAGGAUGAGGACGAUUACGAUUUUGAUAAUAAGAGCGUGUCCAUAAGAGGCAUCGGGGAGGAGUCCACUAAUGAUGAGCUCGACGAUUUAGAGGACAGCGAUAUUUACGAGUCCUUUAAAACGGAAACGGAAUAUCUGCCCACGUUGGAGGAGACAAAGGAGGAGGAAGCGAUGCUCGAGGGGGCCCAGGUAGGGGGUCAUAUGGAGGACACUUCAAGGAAGAAGGAUAAAAGGUAUCAGGUCGGCAAGGGGAAUGGAGACAAUGCUGGAGUAGUCGAGAGCACGAAGGGCUCAGAGAAGGACCUAACAGAGGACCUGUCCGAGAACAUAACGGAGGACCAAACGGACGAAACCGACGUAACAGAUGAUCUUACAGACCAGGCGGAACAAAUGAAAGAUGAAGACCACGACAAAGAUGCGAAGAACGAGCAGGCGGAACAAAUGAAAGACGAAGACCACGACAAAGAUGAGAAGAACGACCAGGAGGAGACAGUCGCCUCAGACAACCCUGAGGGAGACUCCCCUAUGGGGAACAGAGGCAAUGUCGAAAUGAACGAUGAGGGGGUUGUGAAGUCGGACGAGGCGCCUAACGUUAAUUCGCUUGAGGGCAAAUCAGAGCGGGAAGUCGACGCGGCAGUCGAUGCGGCAGUCGAUGCGGCAGAAGAGGACCAAUCGGAUCAAGAGGGGCCGCAAGGGAGCGAAGCGUCAGUCGUAACCAUAAAGCCCCCAACACCAGGCCUGCAAGAAUUACGUCACGUGCAGGAGGUGAAGGAUCUACGUGAACAGGAGGACAAGUCGGAGGAGGACAAACUAGAGGAAGAGAAAAAAAGAAAAAGGAGAAAAAAAAUGGACGAAAAGGAAAAAAGAGAUCACAAAAACGGUGAACUGGAUAGACUAUAUAAAAAGAUUAAUAAAAAAGAUACAAAUAUUCAUGGCGACGUGGUAAGGGAAUGUGAAGAAAAUUCAAAAGAAGGAGAUGAAUUUAAUUAUUCUCAGUACAGUAAGAUUGUAAAAUUAAUUUCCAUUUCGAAAAAUAUUUCAAAAUAUAAUAUAAGUGAUGACACAACGGAUGAGGAGAAAGAGGAAGAACUGUCUAACGUAAAUUGUACCUUCAAAGAAAAAGGGGAAAUUUUGAACAAGGAAGAUAAGGACAGAAGCAAGCAAAAGGCAGUGCUACUUCCACUGCAGGGAGAUAUUGUGGAGGACAGUUCGAUGGACAAGAGGGGAAUCAAAAAGAUCAGCGACAGGGAUAUUAAAAGGAGGGACGACUUGACAGACAGGAAAGAAGAAAAGAAAAAAAAAAAAAAAAAAAGAAAAUAUAAUAGUGAGGUAGACAGUGGUGUAAAAACGGAUCAUCAGGGUAGCCUUAAUAAAAAUGACAACCCGAAGGAACCCACCCAAGGGGAGGAAGAAGAUCUGAUUAGCGGCGUCCACCAACCGACAGAUGUUGAACCUGACAAAAAUGUCCGUACGCUAAACAGUAAAAGGAAAAGUGAGCACCAAAGUGACGAAGAAAAUGUAAGCAAGAAGUUGAAGACCGGGGGAGAGGUGGACGAUGCAAUAGACAACGGAGUGGACGAGGAAGCGGACGAAAAAGUGGACGCCGCCGAUGCCGCGGAGGAGGAGAAACCCUCGGUGGUGCCCAUCUUGGAGGAAAGCGCAGCUGAUGGUGAUGGUGAUGAUGGCGCCACGGAAGGGGGGAGACAAGGGGUAGAAGAACGAGUGGAUGAAGGCGCUCCGAUGAGCGAGGAGAAAAAUGUCACCGAAGAGCCCUCGAUUGUCGGUGAAAAGGGCGAAAACGAUGAAGCCCCUGAUGAAGUCCGAGCGGAGGAGCAGGAAAAGGGCGAAGAUGAGGAGAAGGCGGAAGAGAGGCGGCCACCUGAGGAGCCACAAGCGGGGGAGGUACAGGGUUCAGGGCAGGAAGAGGAUGUAGAUGGCAAGGAAGAAGCCAAAUCGAUUGGAGACAUGGCUGAAGAGGUCGCCCAAGAGGACACCGAGGAGGAUGUCGAAGUGAGAGCUGUGCUGGAGGAAUUUAUAGAACAGGGCACCGAGACGGCUGAAGAGGACGAGGAAGUGGAAGAAGAGGUGGCCGCAGUGGUGGAAGAAAUGGCGGCAGAGGAAGAGGAAAAAGAGGAGGGGGAAAAGGAGAUGGCCGACGCUGAGAAGGACGCAGAAGAAGAGGACGUAGUGGAGCUGGAAGAAAAGGAAGUGUACGAAGAGGUGGAAGAAGGAAGGGAUGACGUCGUGGAGGGAGAAGAGGAAAAGGAAGAACAGGAAGAAGUGAUGGAGGAGGUAUUGGAGGUGGAGGGUGAGGCGGAGCAGAAGGACGAUAUGGAAAUGCAUGAGGAGGAUGGGGACGGGGUUUCUGCAAAGGGAGAACAUGAAGAAGACCUUAACGUUGACGAAAACGGUAACGAAGAAGAAAAGACGGAGUCGGAUCAGUUCGAAGAGGUAGUUGAAGAGGUGUACGAGGAGUAUGUAGAGGUGGAAGAGGAGGAAGUUCGCAACAGUCAAAGGGACAUAGUGACAGAGGAACCAGUGAACAAAGAGGAUGCCCCUGCAAUGGAGGCGAUUCUCACCGAUGCAAUUCUCACCGAUAAGAAAUGUGACCCAAAGGAAAGGGAGGAUAAAAGUAAAUUCAGCGAAAGUGAAAAUGAUAUUAUCGUCAAGGGUAGUAGCAAACAGGAUGAAGUAGCUGACCAUUAUAUGAAUGAUAACGCAUCGACCAACUCCGAUUACACAGAUUUGAAUGCGUCCUUGAGGAAUGAAUCAUGUGAAGGUGUAGAGGGUUGCGACGUGGACAAGGAAAACACGCUCAAACCGUUGGAAGAGUUUAGCGGCGGAGAACGCGUAGCUUUGGUGGAGGAGGAAUGUGAUGAGAGCAUUUGCAACCAGGUGCAAAAUGAGGCAUGA